GGCCAAUGACGCAUGCAUCCACACAGCCAAGCAUAGCAUAGCAUAGCAGAGCAACAGCCCAGAAACCCGACCGACAAGCCGCCGCCAAGAUGAACCGCACUGCUCGAACUGAUGAGCCCUAUGAAGGGGAACUUACCGGUUACAAUCAGAGCCCGAAUCCAUUGUCUCCUGCAUUGACCACCAACCGGGAUCUCAACGGCAUCGUCAACCUCAGAGAACAGAGGGAGGGCGGCCACGGUGGUGAGCCCGGCGACGACUCCCAAAGUCGAGAAAAUAAUGCGGAACCAGCUCCCGACGAGGCGAGGGAGAACACCGGCGGAAAGGGGCUGGCUGGUGGAUUCAUUUCCAUCAGCCAGCCCCUGGGAAGAUGGUUCGGGCAUCUCAGCUCAAACCGCUUCCCAAUCGGCUCAUCUCCUGCAUCUGCAGCUGCCUCGCCCACCAAUCCCCCUGGCCAAGGCAGCGACGCCAGGUCCUGGAGGCAGACUAUCAAGAAAGGCCUCCUGAAGUUUUUCUCGUUCGUCGGCCCGGGCUUCAUGGUUGCAGUCGCGUACAUUGAUCCUGGAAACUAUUCUACCGGCGUAGCUGCCGGAGCUACUUACCAGUUCAGACUCCUCUUCAUCGUCCUUUUGGCCAAUAUAUUCGCCAUCUUUCUCCAGAUCCUUUGCAUCAAACUGGGCACGGUCUCCGGGCUCAACCUGGCCGAGGCCUGCCGGGCAUUUCUACCGCGCUGGAUCAACUACAUCCUCUAUUUCUUCGCCGAAGUCGCAAUCAUUGCCACUGAUAUCGCCGAGGUGAUUGGAUUCGCCAUAGGCCUGAACCUUCUGAUCCCUGCCGUCCCUCUCGUCGCUGGAUGCGCUAUUUCCAUCUGCGAUGUGAUGCUCAUUCUUCUAUUUUAUCAGCCCGGCAAAUCCAUGAAAGCCCUCAGGAUAUUCGAAUUCUCCAUUGUAGCCCUUGUACUGGGCGUCGUCGUCUGCUUUUGCAUCCAGCUGUCCCUUGUGCACGGCACCAGUGUUGGGGCCGUCUUCAAAGGCUACCUACCAUCUCGCGCCAUUGUCGAACAACAAGGUCUCUAUCAAGCAUGUGGCAUCCUCGGAGCGACGGUCAUGCCCCACAGCCUGUAUCUCGGCUCAGGCAUAGUCCAGCCCCGGCUCCGGGACUACGAUGCGAAGCACGGCCUGCUGCCCCCCGAGGAUAACAGCACAGCCGACGACAGUGACAAUCAAAAAGAUCAGUAUACGCCGUCCUUGGACGCCAUCAAAUACUCCUACAGAAUCUCCGCGCUGGAACUCGCCCUCGCCCUCUUCACCUUUGCCCUCUUCGUCAACUCCGCCAUCCUGAUCGUCGCCGGCAUCUCGCUGUACAACAACCCCGACGCCCCCGAGGCAGACAUCUUCAGCAUCCACCGCCUCCUCUCCACCUCCAUCUCCCCCGGGGCAGGGACGGUCUUUGCCCUCGCGCUGCUCCUGUCCGGCGUGUCCGCCGGCGUGGUCUGCACCAUCACCGGCCAGAUGGUCUGCGAGGGCGCCCUGCACUGGAAGCUGAGGCCCUGGCUGCGGCGCCUCGUCACCCGCAGCAUCAGCAUCAUCCCCAGCGUCGUCAUCGCCGGCGCCGUGGGGCGGUCCGGGCUCAACGACGCGCUGAACGGGUCCCAGGUGGUCCUGAGCGUUGUCCUCCCGUUCGUCACCGCGCCGCUGAUUUACUUUACGUGUUCUAAGAAGCACAUGAGGGUGAGCGGCGAUAGGGUCCGCCUGAAUAUGGGUGGUCGGGAUGAACAAAACCAGGGGCUUGUUGAUGGUGCCGCCGCGGAAUCGAGUGCGGCGGACAGUGUUGAGAUGGUCAAUUCGUGGUAUACCAAGAUCUUUGCCGUCUUGCUCUGGAUCGUCAUUACCGUGCUCAAUGUGGCCAAUUUGGUAUUGUUGGGCCUCGGGAACUAAGCAUAUUUGGCACGGGCCGUGGAGCCAAUUUUUCUCGAUGGCUAACAAGCAGGGCCAGAUCAAGUGUGCUCAGCGAUUGAGCUUUCGGUGAGGAGCUUUUUCGUAUCAUAGAGAGCAGUGUGUCUGUCGCUUGAGCAAUAAGCGUUUCCCAGACUAGAGGAUAUGACAUCAAAAGCGUGCAUCAUAUCAGAGUCAUAACUUUGACUGUAGAAAGUCAAACAGAGCAAUUUGUUCAUUGUGCGCAUCAAUGCUUAGAGCUUUUUACAAUUUCAGCAUUGGCGGAGCAAUUUAGUGACGAGUGCGG